GCUAUGAAUGUUAUAAUAAACGAAUAAUGCAGAUAUUCUGAUAAACUCAGAUUAUUAUAUACUCCUGAAGAAUUUAUGAAUUUCCAGAGACAUGUCAUACGUCGAUGUGCUUCAAAGUUCGGAUACCGAGAUGGACUAUUACAGGAUGUGUCAGCGGUUUGGCUUGAACUCGGUGCCUAGCCCGGAUGGCCGGUUUACUAUUGACGAGCUCAUCGGCGAAGGAACCUACGGCGAAGUAUUUCGAGCCAAAGACACGACCACCGGAGAGUUUGUUGCCAUUAAAAUAUUAGAAGAUAUUGCAGGCAACGAAGAAGAAAUUGAAGAUGAAUACUUAGCAUUGAGAGACCUCAGUCUGCAUCCAAACAUUCCUUCAUUUCAUGGAAUCUAUUUUGUUAAAGGCUCUAAACAACUCAAUGACCAAUUAUGGUUUGUUAUGGAACUAUGCCAAGGAGGAUCGGUGACCGAUUUGGUACACGGACUAAAAUCUCAAGGAAAACAAUUAACUGAAGAUCAAAUUGCAUAUAUUUUACAUGAAACUUUACAGGCUUUAGCGUUCUUACAUCGUAAUCACUGUAUGCAUCGUGAUGUAAAAGGACAUAAUAUUCUUUUGACUGAAGAUGGACAAGUUAAAUUAGUCGACUUUGGAGUUUCUUCACAUUUAGGAGCUACAAUGGGACGACGUGAUACGUCAGUAGGAACACCUUAUUGGAUGGCACCAGAGGUGAUCGCUUGCGAACAACAACGGGAUUCGUCCUAUGACAGUCGAUGUGAUGUAUGGUCGUUGGGCAUAACGGCCAUAGAACUAGCUACUGGAGAUCCUCCGCUCAGUGGAUUGCAUCCGAUGAGGGCUUUAUUUCAAAUACCGCGGGAACCUCCGCCUGUCUUGCCGUUGUCGGCUCGACCGGAUGCUCCCAAAUUGACGCACUUCGUGUCUAGAUGUCUGAUCAAAGAUUUCGAGCAGCGGCCGACCACCGCUAUACUCAUACACGACCCAUUCAUCAUUCACGGAUCCAAAUGCAUCCACAGGGUACGUGAAGAACUCAGAGCUGAAAUCCGAUAUCAAAGAGAAGUCAGCGGUAGGGUGCAAAAGCAUCCCGACGUGACCACUAAACAUGGUAAACUGAAAAGUAAACGUAAAAAUCCUCCCACUACCAUUUACGUUGAUGACUUAGCCGCGCUGGACAGUCUGUCAGAGGAAAGAAUAGUCAAUCAACUGAAAAAAAGAUAUCAGAUGAAUUUUAUCUAUACGUACAUCGGAGACAUCCUGUUGGCCAUAAAUCCGUUUACGCCGCUUCCCUUAUACACAUCAGCGGAGCAAAAGAAAUACUGCAAUCAAAUGAGAGCGGCAUAUCCGCCGCAUAUAUUCGCGAUCGCCGAUUCGGCGUAUCAGUUUAUGCUUCACGAAAAAGCUAAUCAAUCUAUAGUGAUCAGUGGCGAAAGUGGCGCCGGAAAAACUGAAUCCGGUAACCUGUUGCUUAAACAACUCGUAUACCUUGGAAAGGCACCCAACAGAAACCUAGAGCAAAGAAUUCUCCAGAUGAACCCUAUUAUGGAAGCGUUCGGAAAUGCAAGAACAGGAAUCAAUAACAAUUCUUCAAGAUUCGGAAAAUUUUUAGAGUUGAGCAUGACCAAAAGCGGCCAAUUGACAGGAGCCAGAGUGUCAGUUUAUCUACUAGAACAAUCCAGAGUCAUUCAACAAGCAAAUAGAGAAAGUAAUUUCCAUGCUUUUUACUACAUUUACGAUGGACUAGAACACGAUAAACGUCUCAAAGAGUUUCAUUUGGAUCGCGAAUUACGACAAAUGCAUAGUUAUCUUCCAUCUGAUCGUCAAGAUAACAAAACAAAACAAAAUAAUGUGGAUAAGUUUGCUCAACUGAAAAAUGCUUUUGAACAAGUUGGUUUCAAGGAUGAAGAAGUAAAUUCUAUAUACUGCAUUUUAGCAGCUAUCUUGCACUUGGGUGAUAUAGAAUUUGGAGAAAUCAUCACUGACAACAAUACAGAUAAUAAGAGUACUGUUAUUGAUCUAACACCAAUUCAUAGAACCUCAUGUUUGUUAGACAUUGAAAGUUCAGACCUAUUAGAAUGUUUGAGUGUUAACAGUGUUGUAACAAGAGGUGAGAUUAUUCAAAGAAAUAAUUCUGUAUCAGAAGCUGUAGCUACAAGAGAUGCAAUUGCUAGGGCUUUGUACAGUCGAUUAUUUGAUUGGUUGGUUAAUUCAAUCAAUAGCUUAUUGUCUUUUUAUAAUACCAGAGAAGAAUACAAUGUGAUAGGAAUACUUGAUAUUUUCGGUUUUGAAAAUUUUACGUAUAAUUCCUUUGAACAGCUUUGUAUAAAUAUUGCCAACGAGCAACUUCAAUAUUUUUUUAACCAGCAUGUUUUUGCUUUGGAGCAAGCUGAAUAUGAAUCAGAGGGUGUCCCUGUUCAACAUGUUGGCUUUUGUGACAACAGACCUGUAUUAGAUAUGCUUGUAAGUAGACCAAUGGGUCUACUGGCAUUACUUGACGAGGAAAGUCGUUUUCCUAGAGCAACAGAUCGAUCACUAGUUGAAAAAUUCCAUUGUAAUAUCAAAUGUAAUUAUUAUGUAAGGCCAAAAUCAAAUGCUUUGCAAUUUGAAGUAAAGCAUUUUGCUGGCAAUGUUACUUAUCAAGCAUCGGGAAUGCUUGAAAAGAAUAGGCACCUUUUAGCUAUAGAGGCUAUUCAGGUCUUAAGAAAAUCCAGUAAUAAAACUGUUCGAGCAUUAUUCCAAAGUCCAGUUACUAAAACCGGCAAUCUUUAUUCUCAAGACUCAUCUACAGGGUUAGUUGGACUCGCUUCACAAUCUCGAGGACAACAAACUGCAGCAACAUAUUUUCGACAUUCAUUAGCUGAACUGUUACAUCGUAUGGGCUGUAACAAUUCAGGUGUAAGUUUGCCUAGAUUUGUUCGUUGUAUCAAACCAAAUGAUCAACGACAACCAAAACAGUUUGAUCCUCUUAAAGUUGUUGCACAAUUGCGCUGCAGUGGAGUCAUGGAAACAAUUAGAAUAAGACGAAAUGGAUACUCGCAUAGACUACUAUUUAAAGAUUUUAUAAGCAGGUAUGCAAUUUUAGGAUUCCGAUUGUACGAGAAAGUCCCACCAACUAGAGAUAAUUGUAGACACUUGUUAGUUAAGCUAAAAUUAGAUGGCUGGGCAAUUGGAAAAACAAAAGUAUUCUUAAAGUAUUACCAUAUUGAACACUUAACUAAAUUACAUGAAAAACAACUACGUCACAUAGUGUUUGUACAAAGUUGUGUUCGACGAUGGCUGGCAAUGAAGCAUUAUAGGGAAGCUUUGUUGGCUAAACAAAUGUCAUGGGGAGCAUUAACAUUACAGAAGCAUACUAGAGGAUGGCUUGCACGACAAAAGAAAAAAAAGUCAAAAGGAGAAAUACCUGUUGGUGAAGUAGCCCCAAUAUACAGGCAAGAACCUAAAGAAAUUGAUAAUCCAAUUAAAAAUCAAAAUAAAGUUAGCCCUGUUAUUGUGGGAGAAAACAAAAAAACCUAUAUCCAACAAAAUGGUGUUAAGGUGUUGCCGUGUAAAGUACAACAAAAAGUUGAAAGAGAGAAGCAUUUGAUUGAUUUCUCAAAAAAUGUUCACGCUCGCAACAAAGAAUUCUACAAGUUCAUUAAGAAAACAAAUAUUUCUAUUUGUUUGAACAAUUUGAAAGACUUUAAUACAACUGGUCAGAAGGGUUUGGUGCAUAAUGCCAUUAAAAAGCUUGUAAAUGAAAAUUAUUGUAAAUUUGAUUCUGAAAACAGGAUGAGCUCAAUAACUGCAAAAACAAAUAACAUCCAACCAGUAAAUAAACCAAAAUGGGUCUCUCCAUUAAGAUUAACUCCUCCAGAUAUUAAUAGACUGCCAGAAGGAUUUGACUUCCGACAACUAUUGAGGCCUACCCAACAUGCACCCACCGAAUCCUUACGUAAAAGACUGGUACAGAGAUCUAGACCUGUAGCGGCCAAUGCCAAAGGAUAACAUAACAAAGUUUGCUAUUUUUUGUAAACAGUAUUUAAAAUUGUUGUAAUGGUUAAAUUUAUUUAAUAUUUAUAUAUUUAUUAUUUGAAAACAAAAAUAAUUUGAGCUCAAAAUGAGUUGUUCAAAUACGGAAGAAAAUAAUUGUUUUUAUUCUAUUUUUAUCUUUUUUAUCUUAUGGACAAAAAAAAUAUAUUUUUAUAGUUCCUGUUAUGUCCAAUAAAUUGAACCAAAAAUAUGUAUUUUAUUAACAGAUUUUGUCUAUUAUUAAGGUUUACUUGUAAGAUUUUUUUUAUUAGUAUUUCAUCAAUGUUCCUUAAGAAACUUUAGUGUUUCUGAAAUUCUUAAAAAGGGCCCAGUAUAGAAUAAUUGUGAAUCACUUAUUAACUUUGCAUUACAUAUUAUUGUAUAUCCUAUAUAUUUUUUCACACCAUCUAUUAUUAGUCAAUUAGGAUGUUCAGUGUUAAUGGAGUGUGAUCCAUCUUAUAUAACAUUCUCAUUAUGAUAAAACAUUGGUGUGUUGUUGUUAUUAAAGCUUUAUAUUUUUAAUGUAUUUAUUAUUUAAAUUUGAUGGUAUAAAUAAAAAAAUUGUUUUUAUUAUUAUAAAAUAACAUUAUAAAUAUAUAUUUUUUUUAUGUAUAGUUUACAUUUAAACAUGCAAUUAAAGUGAUAUUGUUAAAUUUAAUUAAA